GUGUGUGUGUCUGUAAAAUGGCUCCAGUGAUGCGGACACUCUGUGUGAUAUUCGCUGCUGUUUUAAAGCCUUGCUUGUCUGAUGAUGGCCACGAAAUGGAGGAGUUUCUCAAGAGAGAAUAUUCGCUGUCGAAGCCUUACCAAGGAAUCGGCUCUUCCGGCUCUUCGCACUGGGAGCUGAUGGGGGAUGCCAUGGUAACCACUGAUCAGGUGCGACUCACUCCGGAUAUGCAAAGCAAGCAGGGGGCAGUGUGGAGCCGCAUGCCGUGUCACUUGAAAGACUGGGAACUGCAAGUGCACUUCAAAAUCCAUGGACAGGGGAAGAAGAAUCUGAACGGGGACGGAAUGGCGGUGUGGUACACAAAAGAGCGCACGCAGAAAGGUCCAGUGUUCGGAAAUAAAGAUUUCUUCACAGGGUUGGGUGUGUUUAUAGAUACUUACCCUAACGAGGAAAAACAUAUAGAGGCUCAGAAGAAAAGGUACACCCCUCGCACACAGAGAAUCUUCCCGUACGUAUUAGCGAUGGUGGGAAACGGCACGAUCAGCUACGAUCACGAGCGCGACGGCAGACCUACCGAGCUUGGAGGCUGCAACGCCAUGGUGCGCAACCUCAAACACGACACCUUCAUCUUCAUCAGAUACGUCCGGCGCAGACUCACGGUCAUGAUUGAUAUCGAUGGUCAGCAUGAAUGGAGGGACUGUCUGGACAUCCCGGGUGUGCGGCUGCCUCAGGGAUAUUACUUCGGCGCCUCGGCCAUCACCGGAGACCUCUCGGACAACCAUGAUCUCAUCUCUCUGAAGCUGUACCAGCUGACAGUGCUCCGGAGUAAACUAGAGGAAGACGAUGAUGAAGAGGUCACAGUUCCAAGUGUGGACAAUAUGGAGUUAAUCAGACCCUACCAGGAAGGAGAGGGAAUGAGCAGCAUUGCCAUCUUCUUCACCGUGCUCUUCUCCAUGCUGGGUCUCUUCCUUCUUAUCGUCGUGGGCCUUGUGGUUUACAGCCACUGGAACGAGAACCGACGCAAACGUUUGUAUUGAGCUCUCGGCAAGUUGCGAUUGCAGUUGCUGUGGAACUUGUGGAUUGGGCUGUCGAGCUCCAGAAUGUCCUAACGCCAGUGCAGGCGGUUGUGAAUUUGUGCACAGAAAAAAAAAGAGAAGGAUGAACGACUCAACUGUGAGAGCAAACAAGUUUUAAACACUAAGAGCUCAGCGCCAUGGGAAAUGGGAUUUAACUCCCAAACCAGCAGAGCCUUAUGCGUUUGAAAGUAUUUCUCGUAUGGGAUAAAUGCAUUUUAAUUGUACAUAGAAAACUACCUUUUACUGUUUCUUUUACCACUACAGCUCCGAUAUUUAUGGAACUAUACUUGAAAUCUGUUGUUUUUAAAUUAUAUAAAAGAAGAAUCUGUGAAAAUAUAUCAACUAAGGUAUUUCCAUUGUUAGUAAAUCCUAAUUAAAUCCAUAUAUUGUGAUCACCAUGCUGGAUUUUACACAAUUUCUAAACAAUCAUGACACAGUUUGACCACCAGGGGGUGCUAUGACUGUAAAAUAACUCAGAAAAGGCUCAUUUUAUUGGAAUUUUAUACAAGUUGUGUUUUUAGAAAUCAGUAGCAGAUUUAAGUACAUAUUUAACAAUUAUGUAUCCAAUUUUCACAAAUAUUGUGGGCUGACAAGCUGCAGCAUUGAAGUUCGUAAUCUAUGAUACUAAUAAAUAUUUGUAAGCAAAGGAUUUACAAUACAAUAAAUUUGCAUCAUGACGGAUGAAAACACUAAUAGAAAUAUGUAUCCUGUGAAGUCGGACCCUGUAAAAAUCGAAUAAAGCAGAAAUGAUCGGUAACAAAUGUUUCUUGCAAGGGUACAAAUAGAACCCAGGCAUCACCGAGUUGUUGAUGAGGGUUGCAAAAUAUACCGUUUUAAUUCUUACAAACCUGUGACUUUAUGGUCGACAAACGGAUGAAGUUUUCUCUUCUGAUUAUAUAGGGCGCUGACUUUACAAUUGCAAAGUUUUGCAUGUAGUGUGUCUUGUGUGUUCCUGUGCUGAAUGUUCUAAGUUGUUGUGAACUCUGCACUGACUGUAUGAAAACCUUAAACACUGAAGAAAACCUAUUUAUUGUGUGUAACAAUAUUUUACGAAUAAAAAAAAGUUUAAUCUGAA